CAAGAAAAGCCGUACGCUGCACCUGCUGACAUUCAAAAACCCUAAUCCUACUGCCCCUUUUGGUAGCGUUAAGCGUUAGACUUCCACCACGCGUACAAAUAAAAAAGCCAUAUAGCCACAUUUCUUCCCUCAAAAUCCUAAACCCCCAAAAUAUCUAUAGUAGUAGUAGGGUUUUGCGCUUUUUUCUUCGCUAACAAAACCUAGAAGAUCCUAGCCACGGUUUGCAUCUCUUUCCUCUAAAUAUGGGAAAAUCAAGCAAGAAAUCUUACCCCAAAGUUGAAGCAGCUCCUGCUGUAGCUCCUCCUCAGUCUGGAAAGAAAGGCAAGAGAGAAGCGGAAGAAACUCCUGAAAAACAAGUGGCUGUGAAAAAGCAGAAGAAAAACGAUGGAGUAGCACAGGCUAUUGUAAAGAAAAGGGUCGAAGCGAAGACCCAAAGAAAGAAGAAAGAUGAAACUAGCAGUUCCUCCGAUGACUCUUCUGAUUCCGAAGAUGUAUGCACAAAGGAACCUGUUUCCCUGAAGAAACAGCCAGCUAUUGCACCUGCAAAGAAAGCAAAACAAGCUAGUUGCUCAGAUUCUUCCGAGUCUAGUAGUGAGGAAGAUUCAUCCUCCGAUGAAGAACCUGUUCCCUUGAAGAAACAGCCAGCCAUUGCGCCUGCAAAGAAAACAAAACAAGCUAGCAGUUCAGAUUCUUCUGAGUCUAGUAGUGAGGAAGAUUCAUCGUCCGAUGAAAAAGCUCCUGCUCGGAAUGAAAAACCUGUAGUUGCUAAAAAUGGCUCUGUUCCUUCUUCUAAGACAGUAAAAGCUGAUAGCAGUACAGAAUCUUCUUCUGAUAAUGAUUCUGAUGAGGAUGUUGAGCCUGCUGCAAAAACAAAGGUAGCAGUAGCUGUUAAAAAUGGCUCUGUACCUGUUAAGAAAGGCAAGUCCUCCAGCAGUUCAGAUUCUUCAGAUGAUGAUAGUAGCUCAGAUGAAGAUGAAGAAAAAUCAAAACCUGCCUCUAAGAAAGGACCUACUAUUGUUCCAAAAAAGGAGUCAAGUGAUAGUUCAGAAAGUGACAGCUCUUCGGAUGAAGAGGAAGAACCUCCUCGAAAGGCUACUUUGCCAACUUCUGCUUUGAAGAAUGUACCUUCUGUGACUGCAAAGGGUAAAAUGGCAUCAAGUGAUAGCAAAUCUCAAUCAAGCAGCAGUAGCUCUGAGGAUGAUUCUGAUGAAGAGGAUGUAAAGAACGCAACUGCUGUGAAGAAAGUUUCUGCUUCUACCCCCAAGAAUAUUCAGGAUUCCAGUAGUAGCUCAUCAGAAUCAGAUUCUGAGGAAGAAGAGGCUCCUUCAAACAAAGUUACUGUUGCUUCAAAAAGGCCACUUCCCACAGCUGGGACAAAAUCCAAACAGGAAAGUGAUGAUAGUGAGGAUGACAGCUCUGAUGAAAGUGAGGAUGAACAACCUGCAAUAAAAAAGCCCAAGGUUGCUUCAGAUAUUGGAAAAGAUGCUAAAGUUAAAAAAGUAAGCAAUAGUGAAGAGGAGGAAUCCGAAGAGUCAUCCGAUGAUGAUGAUGAGGAAAGUGAUGAAGAAGAAACUAUAAAGAAAAAGGACACAGAUUUAGAAAUGGUGUAUGCUACAACACCACAGAAAACUGCCAAACAGCAGGAUUUGAAGUCUGGGAAGAAAUCUCCCCAAACUUCUUCAACUCCUCAAGUUCAAUCUACAGGGUCCAAGACACUGUUUGUUGGAAACUUACCUUAUCAAGUUGAACAAGCUGACGUAAGGAAUUUCUUCAAAGAUGCUGGUGAGAUUGUGGAUAUACGUUUUUCUUCUGAUGCUGAAGGGAAUUUUAAGGGGUAUGGACAUGUUGAAUUCGCCACUGCCGAGUCUGCACAGAAGGCUCUAGAAUUGAAUGGUGAAUAUUUGAUGAAUCGUUCUAUUAGACUUGAUUUGGCCCGUGAAAGGGGUGCAUAUACACCACACAGCAGCAGUGGGAACAAUUCAUUCCAGAAAGGUGGAAGAGGUCAGGCUCGAACAAUAUAUGUCAGAGGAUUUGAUCAAUCUCUUGGUCAGGAUGAAACUAAGAGUUCCUUGGAAGAGCACUUUGGUUCUUGUGGAGAGAUUUCUAGGGUGGCAAUACCAGUAGAUUGGGAGACUGGUGCUGUGAAAGGUUAUGCUUAUUUGGAUUUCAACGAUGGUGAUAGUUUCAACAAAGCUCUAGAACUUGAUGGAUCAGAACUUAAUAAUUGUUCUUUGACUGUGAAUGAGGCAAAACCAAGAGGUGAAUUUCGUGAUGGUCCUGGCAGUGGAAGAGUUGGUGGUAGGAGUGGUGGAAGGGAUGGUGGUGGCCGUGGUGGAUGGAGUGGGGGAAGGAAUGGUGGUGGCCAUGGUGGUCGUGGUGGUCGGCGUGGGGGUCGAUUUGGUGGUGGUGGUGGUGGCAGAGGACGAGGAACACCUAAUAAGCCAAACCUUGCUGCUGCUGGCACAGGAAAGAAGACUACUUUCAAUGACGAGGAUUAAUGAAGUGGGGGUCCAAUAUUCUCUUUUUUUCCCUUGCCUUCUGGUCCUUGCUUUUAUGUUAAAAAUAGCAAUGGUUUUUGGUAGAUUAUAUUUUUGGUUUUCCACCUUAUCUAAUUAUUAUGUCAAAUUUCCUGAAAUGUUAUAUGCAAUUGCUAUUUAAUCUUGUUAAUUUAUCAGAAUUGCCCUUGCCGCCUAUGGGCUAUAUUG